AUGGCAGACAUGGAGCCAUCCAAUUAUUCUGCUCCCAAUGACACUUGGACUGUGGAAUCUCUUGACUUGUAUAAAAGACUUAAAAGUGAUUUAAUAGAACAAGGAAAUGGCGACUGGCUUGAACACAAGAGCACCAUAUAUUAUGGCGAAAGAAGGCUUUUCACUAAAGCAUUAGUCAAUGAAUAUCCAGGGAAAUUCUUUGAGUAUGUAUUUUUCUUCAGCAAAAAUGAAAAGAAGGUGAAAGGAGUGAUUCAGUUUGGACCAUAUACCCAGGGACCUCCAGGGUAAGUGGGGCGACAUUCAGUUAUGAGGGAGGGGGAGGUGAUUUCAUGCAAGACAUAGAAAGUGAGGAAAUGUGUUCAACAAAGCAAAAGAAGCAAGGGCCAAGGGCCCAAGAGUCUUUUAAUCCUUUAACCUAUAGGAGUGACUAGCAUCUAAUUUCUCCUUAUAAUAUCACCCUUGAAUCACAAAUUAAGGGCACAAGAAUAAAGGAAAUGAUCACCAACUAAAGAAGUUCUUGAUCGUUAAACAAAUUCUCCUUAUUAGCUCCCAAGGAAAUGUAUAGAGAACUGUCUGGAGAUUUUGCAGACUGCUGUAAGGGUGUAAAGGGUGAAGAAUGGUAUCCUUUUUAUGGAAAAAUUUUCUUAUGGGUGGAGGUUGGUGCUUUGCAUUGAACAAGGGUUCAUGUCAAGAAAUUAAACUCCAUACUCCUUUCAAGCCAUUCUUUGGGUCAUCACAAAAUUGGUCUUUUGGAGGGACCUUUGCCUGACAUCUCACAGAAAAGGUGGAAAGAAGAUUAACCAAACCCAGACUGGAAUGCACUUUUAAUUUAGUGGAGUUUAACUUUCAUGGUCAGGGAACAGGUACUCUCCGGUGAAUCAAAAGCCUGAGGACAGUUUUUACGAGGCAAAAAGUCCCUGGCUUCUCCAGAUGGUUUAUGUUCCACCCAAGGGAAUUACAUAUACAUGUAAAUAAGUUUCAGGUCAGAGAAAUUGGUGAUAAACACCAACCUGGCAGAAUAAUUGAGCUCUCAUAAUUUGAUAUCCACAUUUGAACUUAUUGUAGAUGGGUACAUGGUGGUGCAAGUGCUUCCAUGAUGCAUUCAGCCAUUGGCGUUUGUGCGUCCAAGUCAUUUCCUGAUUGUGUGACAGCUUCUUUGGCCGUGGAUUUCAAAAGGUAGGGUAUUUCUUUAUCAAGAUAUCUCAGAAAGUUAUUGAAUAAUACAGUUCAAGUGUGAAAUUCAGCUUUAAAGAGCAAGAAGAAGAUUGCUACCAAUGAUGAUAUAUCAUUGUUAGAAAGAGUUGUAGCUUUAAGUUAUUUACAUAGGCUUGUAAUACCAAUGUGCACCAGCCCCGUAUGCCAGACAGUUGUAGCUUUGCCUUUGACUCUUAUAAAUAUUGAUCAACCUCACAAAGUCAGUCUGGCCAUGUGAAGUUGCAUGUCAGACUUGAAACCAAAUAGUCAAACACUUAUAACCUUCUCAGACUAACUGGCUUGCUUAUUCUGUUGGUCAAAGUACUCCGAUUGUACAACUGUGUUUAGAUAUACUCUCUCUGACCUCCUACAGAUCCAUACGAUAUUCAACCUACGAGAAGUUAUUUUGGCGACAUUUGCUUUGUUACGCAUUCCUCUCGAUAACAUUUGCGUUUCGCGGCUGUUUGAGAUCAGUGGAGGCGCUUAAUACGUAAUUGCCGCGUAGAUCGAAGACAAACCGGAAAAAAUUUGGAAAUCCCGUUUGAAUUUUUGACGAAAACCGAAAACCAAAUGCUGAAUCACGUAAUAUCCGCAAACCAAAAUGAACAAUCCGAUCCGGUCCGGUCCGGUCCGGUCCGGUCCGGUCCAGAUUUUGUCGACGCUGCAUUGUUUACAUCAUUUAAGGUCAUAUUAGGUCAUAUUAGGUCAUUUUAGGUCAUUCCUUGUUUUAGUAACUACCCUGGAGAGUGGUGGUUUGAGAAUCAAAUGGAAAUCAUGGCAUUAAGGGAUGUAGUGAUUUGAUGUGAGAGGUGUGGCAAGGUGACUAGGGUGUGCAAGUCAGAAAUUUACUUUGACUGAUUUUAUACUGCAAAGGUCGGGAAAAUGCUGAUCAUUAUUAGACACAAUAGUCCUUUUUCGACCUUUUCAGGACUUCUUACACUUGGAGCAACUUACAACUUACAAAAUCCAACAUUCACUAGUCCUGUUUGAACAGAAAUGUGGUGAUUAUAGAUUUACCACUAGAAAACCACUUAAACUGCCUUAACGCUGUAAGACCAUGUGGUUAAAAUUCAAAAUUGUGACAGGAUUUGUUACAUUUCUUCAAACAGUCCUCUUCUCCUUGGUGCGACUGCUCUUGUUGAAUCUUGGGUUGACAAAGUGGAAGGAAGAAAGAUCUACGCUUUGGUAGAAUUAAGAUCUCCAGAUGGCAAAGUGUUACAUAGUUCUUCCAAUGCAUUGAUAAUUCAACCGCAGCCCCAGGGUGAAGAUGCUGACAAAGGGAAAAAUGCAUUUGGUGACAAAAAAUGACAGGUUUAAGUUCUGCAUCAUCUUUGUUGAGGAUCUGCAAGUUUCUUGGCUAAAUUACCUUCUUCAUAGAGUAGAUCUGUUGGAAGCCCGAUUGGAAUCAACUUACUGUGUACUACAGUCGGGUAGUUCUGUCGUUUUUGGUUGAUUUUCUAAU